UGGGUGUACAUACUAUGUAUAGACUUACAAUGACAAUAAAUUCAUUUGAUUUGAAAUAAAAGAUGUACGAAGGGCCUGUUUGCUUUAGUGCCUCUUGUUGACGUAGGUACCUCGCUCCAUUUAAUACUUGCAAAGAAAAUAACCGGAGAUCUCUCUGGCCCUUCCCUUCCUCUCUUGGCAUAGCUCUCGUCCUGUGUCUUAUUUUGUUUUUUUUUUAACCAGACAUUGUCUUCUCAUUGCAGCUGCUUCUGUUUGAGGACUGCUUAAUCCUAGCUGAUACCUGCGGCCGGUAUGGAGGGAUGGGCCCUGGCAAUGCUAUGAUUCCGUAAUCCUCUGGUGCUUUGACAGCCAGAUCUGGGGAGGUAACGCGCACCUGCCACCCCAAAAGGAGGGGGCUCAUGGCAUCUGUGGUGCCACCGAAUUUCUCCUGGGUAGUACCAGGCCGGUUGGCAGGGUUGGCCAUGCCCCGCCUACCUGCGCACUACCAGUAUAUGUAUGAGAAUGGGAUCCGGCACCUGGUCUCGCUCACCGAGCGCAGCCCUCCGCACCACGACACCUGCCCGGGCAUCCAGGUGCACCGUCUUCGCAUUGCGGACUUCUGCCCGCCGUCUCCGGAGCAGAUCCAGCGCUUUCUGCAGAUCGUGGAGGAUGCCAAUGCCAAAGGAGAGGCAGCUGCUGUGCAUUGCUUGCUAGGAUUUGGUCGAACCGGCACCAUGCUGGCUUGUUACUUGGCGAAAACCCAGAAGAUCUCUGGGGUGGAUGCCAUCCAUGAAAUCCGGAAGCUGCGCCCCGGUUCCAUAGAGACAUACGACCAGGAAAAAGCUGUGGUCCAGUUCCACCAUCGUAUCAAAUAGCUACAGGAAGGGCCGAAAAGGGGGGGGGGAAUAAGACCCUGGGGCUGUCUUGAUCCACAUCUGGAAAGCAAGCAGAGAACUUUUUUAUCAGCUGCCCCUUCGUCCGGCGCCCAAGCAUCGAGCAGCGUAUUUUGACUUUGGAGAGCUGUUUUGGGUUCUUUAGUGCGGACCUGAAAGUGGGACACAGCACGGCAGGUACCGAUUGCAGGUGGAAAUGGGGAUUCCACCGGAGGGGCAAGACGGGUAACGCUGAAGGAUCGCACACAAGUGUCUUCGUGCGUUUCCUUUCUGUUCUGUGCUACGGGUGAGGGACAGGUCCCAUUUUAUGGCCUCCGUCUUCAGUGCGAAAUUGUUCUAAGUUAGCAUGUUCUUUCUAUCAGUUUAUCAAAAUGUCAUGUGAUCCACAAUCCAGGAAUAAAAUUCUCACUGCAUUAAG